GGAAUCAGUGAGUCCUGUGCAGCCUGGGACGUGUGUGUAGUAAAGGAACUCUGCUCGUCUUCUGACAAACAUCAUGGCAAACAAGGGACCUGCCUACGGACUGAGCCGCGAGGUGCAGCAGAAGAUCGACCAGAAGUACGACAAUGAGCUGGAGAACAUCUUGGUGCAGUGGAUCCAAGCUCAGUGUGGAACUCAGGGUGGGUCGCCAGACGGGCAAGGGAAGUCAGCCGUACAGGUCUGGCUAAAGGAUGGCAUUGUGCUUUCCCAUCUCAUUAACUCGCUGGCCCCCAAAUCUAUUGCAAAAGUGCAGUCGUCCUCCAUGGCCUUCAAGCAGAUGGAGCAGAUCUCACAGUUCCUGAAGGCCUGCGAGCGAUAUGGAAUUCCGGCCUCUGAUCUGUUCCAAACUGUUGACUUGUGGGAAGGCAAAGACAUGGCCAGUGUACAGAGAACACUCAUGAAUUUAGGGGGCAUUGCAGUGACAAAAGAUGAUGGCUUCUUCCGUGGUGACCCCAACUGGUUCCCAAAGAAAUCUCAGGAGAACAAGAGAGACUUCUCCCAGGACCAGUUAAAAGAGGGCAAGAACAUCAUCGGCCUUCAAAUGGGCACCAACAAGGGAGCAUCACAGUCCGGCAUGACUGGUUAUGGCAUGCCAAGACAAAUCCUCUGACCACACAGACAACUGAAGGAACCAUCCAAGAACCAAAAUGGAUACAUAGUCAUCUCCCAUAACUUGCCCAUUUCUUCUCUCCACCCUUCUCUUUCUGUUUGUUGAUAGGGCACAUUCCCACCACUGUUUUCAGAAACAAUCUUUUUUUUUACUGCCAUUAAGCUCUGAACCACUUUAACAUAUAAACAUGAUAGUGUUUGCAAGAAGUAGAUCACUUAGCCAGCCAGCUUUAAUUGGGUCUCGACGGAUUGUAUGCUUAUAUCUUGGAGUUGUGCUUAUAAGCUGUAGCUAUAUCUCCACACCCAUUUCAAUGACCCUACAAAUUAUUUAAAUAUAGAAUGAAGCUGUUCUUGUAGAUAGAGCAGCUGUUUGGUUCUCAGCAGUGAACAGGAAGAUGAUACAAGGUCUUAAUUGUAUUGCCUUAAUAUGGUGGGCACCACGAUGGACUUCUUCUUCUCCUCUCUUGUCUUAACAUUCCACUUGUAGUGCCUACUUUCUAUUACUUUUUUUAUACGUAUUCUUGUUAGACCAAAGUUUAAAGGUUUUUGUACCACACCCAUAUUUUGACUAAAUGUUUGGCGAGCAUUUUUUAGAAUGUUUCAAAACGUUUUCACAGUUGGAGGAGGAUAGACCCCCCUCAGCAUUGCUCUAUAUCUUCUACUACCAAGGUGUUGUAAGGUCUAUGUUCACCGAGUUCCUACCCACCAAGGAUUUUUUAAAAGAAAAUAUUUGCAUGGGUUAUCUCAACCCUACUCGUUAAAUAUCUAGCCAGGGAGACAUUCAGUGAUGGGUAGUGGGUGUUUGAUUUGUGGCAACAGAAGGGUCCUUUGGGGCAAUUGAAAUCAAUAAACUCACAAAGGACAAUGCCAUAACUCAUUGAACCUUCAACAAUCAAGUUGUUGUUGACCUAUCUCUGAAUGCUGGUGAGUUGUAGGCCAAUAACUGCUAGAGAUCUACACAUCCCUUCUUUAUAAUCCUUGGUUUAGGUGCUUCAGCAUUGUGCUGGGGACCACCUUCUCUCCUGCCUUGCUUUCCACCAUAUUCCCUGUGCCUGUGUACACCUUCUGCUCCCCUCGAGAAACAUUGCUAUAAUUAUUCAAUUAAAGAGCAAUCUAUGUUUAUA